GUUUCCGGUGCGGCACUUCCGGUGCGGCGGGGCCGAGCGGGGGCACCCGGAGGAGGCCGCGGCCGCCCCUGAGCCCCGAGCGGCCCCGAGCGGGCCGGGCCCGCCGGCCGCGAUCCAUCCUCCAGGACCUUGCUGUGGGAGAGGAGAGGGAAAAAUGGGACUUUGGGAGGAAUUCCCUGCUCAGAGUGAGGCCACCCCAGCCCUGCGUCAUUCCAGGAGGAAUUCUGCUGCAGGAGGGCUCUGGCGCCGGUGACAGGUGACAGCGAUGGGGUAUGAUGUGGCUCGCUUCCAGGGGGACGUGGACGAGGACCUGAUCUGCCCCAUCUGCAGCGGCGUGCUGGAGGAGCCCGUGCAGGCCCCGCACUGCGAGCACGCCUUCUGCAAUGCCUGCAUCACGCAGUGGUUCUCGCAGCAGCAGACGUGCCCCGUGGACCGCAGCGUGGUGACGGUGGCACACCUGCGCCCGGUGCCGCGCAUCAUGCGGAACAUGCUGUCCAAGCUGCAGAUCACCUGCGACAACGCCGUCUUCGGCUGCACGGCCGUCGUGCGCCUCGACAACCUCAUGGCUCACCUCAACGACUGCGAGCACAACCCCAAGCGCCCCGUCACCUGCGAGCAGGGAUGCGGCUUGGAGAUGCCCAAGGAUGAGCUGCCCAACCACAACUGCAUCAAGCACCUGCGCUCAGUGGUGCAGCAGCAGCAGACCCGGAUCGCCGAGCUGGAGAAAACCUCAGCCGAGCACAAGCACCAGCUGGCCGAGCAGAAAAGGGACAUCCAGCUGCUCAAGGCGUACAUGAGGGCGAUCCGCAGCGUCAACCCCAACCUGCAGAACCUGGAGGAGACCAUCGAGUACAACGAGAUCCUGGAGUGGGUGAACUCCCUGCAGCCGGCGCGGGUGACGCGCUGGGGCGGGAUGAUCUCCACGCCGGACGCGGUGCUGCAGGCCGUCAUCAAACGCUCGCUGGUGGAGAGCGGCUGCCCGGCGUCCAUCACCAACGAGCUCAUCGAGAACGCCCACGAGCGCAACUGGCCGCAGGGGCUGGCCACGCUGGAGACCCGCCAGAUGAACCGGCGCUACUACGAGAACUACGUGGCCAAACGCAUCCCCGGCAAGCAGGCCGUGGUGGUGAUGGCCUGCGAGAACCAGCACAUGGGUGAGGACAUGGUGCUGGAGCCGGGGCUCGUCAUGAUUUUCGCUCACGGUGUUGAGGAGAUCUGAAAGGAAUUUGUGGUUUGAUCGUCUCGGAGCUGCUGGGAACGGAGGGGAUGGCCCGGACUUGGAUUUUAGGGUUCCCCCGUUUGAUUGGAACUGUCGUAAAGUCGGCUCGUUUUGAGGAGAGGGGGGAGCGGGGGCUCCGCGCGCUGCCAGAUCCUUCGGGGGUCCCCCCAGAUCCUUGGCUCCCGUGCCCCCAGGACCGGCCGUCUCGUCUCCUCGCCCCCUUCUGGAAUUUCCACCUCGCUUGGUGUCCCCAAAUGGGGCGCUGCCGGUGUCACCAACCCUGCGGUCGGGGGUCCUUGGCCUUGGGGACCCUUCUGUCCCCCUCGCUUCGUGCAUGCCCCGUUCCCUAUCCCCGGGAGCAGCCGGAUCCCCCCCGGGCAUCUCCCACCUCCUCCCAUCUGUGUUUGGCUCUGCUUUCUCCACCCUCGGUGUUACUUUUCCAGACACUCGUGACUGUGGCUCUUGUUUUUUUUUUUGUUUGUUUGUUUUUGUACCUUUUUUUUGUUUUUUGGAUCUUUUCUCAUUUUUACUCCCCCUUUUUAUUUGAUUUUCCAAGUACCGUGGGCAGGCACCUCUGGCCUGGGUCCGUGGGAUUCGUUGGGAGUUUAAUUUAUUUGCAUUUAUUGGGGUUUUUUUCUUUUUUUACCAUUGUUUCUCCUCCGGUGUCGGUCCCGGCGGAUCCGGCGGGAGGCAGGGAUUGAAGUGAUCAAUAAACAGAAUUCUGGUUGCUUUA